UAUAUUCAUAUCCAUACAUACAAAGUCACAGCUAAAGCCUGUAGUUUCUGCACUCUCAUUUUUACUUUCUGUCAUCUUCUUUUCGUCUCUCCAUGGAUUCCCAAACACACGUUGCUCUCAUUUCCAGCCCCGGAAUGGGUCACCUCUUUCCCUCACUCGAGCUCGCCACGCGCCUCUCCACGCGCCACCACCUCACCGUCACUGUUUUCAUCGUCCCCUCCCACUCCUCCAACGCCGAAAACAAAGUCAUCGCCGCCGCCGAAGCCGCCGGUCUCUUCACCGUCGUCGAACUCCCUCCGGCCGACAUGUCCGACGUCACCGACUCCUCCGUCGUUGGCCGUCUCGCCAUCACCAUGCGCCGCCAUGUCCCGAUUCUACGCUCCGCCGUCUCCGCCCUUACCUCCCUUCCCUCCGUCCUCAUCGCCGACAUCUUCGCCACCGAAUCCUUCGCCGUCGCCGACGAGUUCCACAUGGCGAAAUACGUCUUCGUUGCCUCUAAUGCAUGGUUCUUAGCCUUAACCGUUUACGCCCAGGUUUGGGACAAGCAAAUCGUUGGGCAGUACGUGGACCAGAAAGAACCGCUUCAAAUCCCUGGAUGCGAACCGGUUCGCCCAUGCGACGUUAUCGACCCGCUUCUGGACCGGACCCAACCACAGUAUUUCGAAAUCGUCAAGGUGGGGAUGGGAAUAGCGUCGUGCGACGGCGUUUUGGUUAACACGUGGGACGACUUGCAAGGUCGCACGCUCGCAUCUUUCCGAGAUCGGAAUCUGUUGGGUAAAAUCAUGAAGCCGCCGGUUUACUCUAUUGGACCGAUCGUGAGGCAGUCCGGUUCGAAGAAAGGCGGUUCGAGCGAGUUGUUCAACUGGUUGAGUAAGCAACCCACUGAGUCAGUGAUCUACGUCUCGUUCGGGAGCGGUGGAACGCUGUCGUUUGAGCAAAUGACAGAAGUGGCUCACGGUUUGGAGAUGAGUCGUCAGAGAUUUGUUUGGGUGGUACGCGCCCCAAAGGUAAGAUCAGACGGUGCGUAUUUCACGACGGGGGAUGGGAGUGAGGAGCAAUCAGCGGGGAAGUUUUUGCCAGAGGGAUUUUUGGAGCGCACAAGCGAGGUGGGAUUUGUGGUAUCAAUGUGGGCGGACCAGACGGCGGUGUUGGGAAGUCCGGCGGUGGGUGGUUUUUUCACGCACGGCGGAUGGAACUCGGCGUUGGAAGGGAUAACGAACGGAGUUCCAAUGGUGGUGUGGCCGUUGUACGCUGAGCAGCGGCUGAACGCGACAAUGCUGGCGGAGGAGGUGCGAGUGGCAGUCCGACCAAAGGAGCUACCGACAAAGGCAGUGAUCGGACGGGAGGAGAUUGCAGCAAUGGUGAGGAAGAUAAUGGCGGAGGAGGAUGAAGAAGGGAAAGCCAUUAGAGCAAAGGCUAAGGAACUUCAACGGAGUGCAGAGAAUGCGUCGGCAGAAGAUGGAUCAUCGUAUGAAAACUUUGCUCGAGUUGUGAAAUUGUUUGGGACAAGCGCCCCAUGAAUUUCACUGUCUUAUUAUUUGUUAGGGUAUAUGUUGUAGUGUGUAAUGUUCUGAGUGUUUUUUUUUUCCCUCUUUUCCACUUUGACUCGUUCGGUUCAAUAAUGUUGGGUACAAAUUUCAUACCAUAAAUAUAUAGCCACUUCGUUUCUA